ACGAGUGGUAUUUAAAUCAUAGCAUUUGUGCAUUAAAAAAGUGUCAUUAUUUAAAAAUGGAUUACGUUGAUAUGAAAGUGGUUUUAUUGGGUAGUUCAACUGUAGGCAAAACAAGUCUUCUUGAACGUUUCGUAAAUGAAAGAUUUAACGAAAGUCUAUCUUACCAAAAUACUAUAGGCGCUGCUUUUGCAGCUAAACAAAUACAAGUCAAUGGAAAGAGGCUUAUCAUGGGAAUAUGGGAUACAGCAGGCAGUGAAAAAUAUGAUGCGAUGACUAGAAUAUAUUACCGUGGUGCGAAAGCUGCUGUUAUUUGUUAUGAUAUCACAAAAUCAAAUACAUUUCAAAAAGCAAAAUUUUGGAUAAAAGAGCUUAGAAAUAUUGAAGAAGAGUGUAAAAUAUAUAUUUGUGCUACAAAAAAAGAUAUCUUGCAAUAUAAUGAAAUUCCAUUUCCUGAUAUAAGUGUUGUAGAAACAUAUGCUGCAAGCAUUCAAGCUAAAUUUUUUAUAACAUCUAGUAAAACUGGAGAAAAUGUUGGUGAGUUAUUUAAUGAAAUUGCACAGGAUUUUAUGUCCGACCCAGAUAAUGUACAAAAAAUCAAAGAGACAAUUGAAAUAAAUACUGAACCCAAAGGAACACACUGUUGUCAAUAA